AUGCGGCAAAAAGAAAAUCCGCCCAAAGAACAUUUCAUUUUGAAACCUCAAACGACGAAAGACUUGUUGCCUUCGUCAACUCGCUCACUACUCACGAGAAAGGAUAAUGUCGCCGCUAAAACUGGUCGUACAAACGGCCGAACGUCUCGCAAUCCUUCCCAGCCGAACCUUACAUCCAAUACCCACGAAAAAAUUAGGCGAGCUCCUCGAACUCCUCUUCCCUCGGAACCCACACCUCAAAAUUACAAAUGGCUUGUCCGCCGACUCUAUCAUAAUCGUCCUAUGUCCCACCACAGUGGCGCUUUUAGGGAAAGAGCUGCGAGACACAGAAAGGGGAAUGUGGAGGAUGAGUGGGAUUGGGGGACCAGAUGGGCAGGGCCUGAGUUCCGUGGCCGACUUGGAAGAGCACAAAGACCGCGAGAAUUAUCUUCGAUGGAAGGAAUCUAUAAGAUGUCGGGUCAAAGGAACCUAAGAAAAGCGGCUCUUUACGCCGACGGACGCAGGGCAUAUAAGUCUUCUAGCUACAUUCGUACGAUGGAUCGAUAUUUCAAUCAAUUGAAAGAGAGCGGUGGAGCGGAUUUUUUGAAGGGAGCUAAGCAUUGUUUAAGUGCAAAGCCUUGGUAUAUGCGGUAUUAUCACGAUCAUGAAGUGGCUCCCGGUGCAGAAUUAACUGGAGCCAGUAGUGGUGUCAGAAGAAAACGUCCAGGCGUCAAAUAUGACCCCAAUGGGGUGAGGAGCUCGUUGAGGAUGGUGACGAAUGUUCGUGGUAAUGUUAAAGAAUAUGUGCACGCCACUGAGACGGAUCUAGCGACUUCAAUCCAAUAG